UUGCUUACUUACGCGAAAAGAUGGCUGCCGCCAGUGUAGCCGUUCUUUGCAGGAAGUUAUCAGCUACUCUGAAGAUUUCUAGGUCGUUAAUAGGUCUUCAGGCCCCCGGUGGCACAGGGUUUUCUCUUAAUUUGUUGCCUAAGAAUACAACUGAUGUCCCAUCUUUUAACCAGUGUAGAUUAAUUCAUACCACGUUGUCAAGGAAAGGACUGGAAGAAUUUUUUGAUGACCCAAAGAACUGGGGUCAAGAAAAAGUGAAAUCUGGAGCUUCAUGGACCUGUCAGCAAUUAAGGAACAAAAGUAAUGAAGAUUUACAUAAACUUUGGUAUGUGCUACUGAAAGAAAGGAACAUGCUCCUGACUCUAGAGCAGGAGGCCAAGAGGCAGAGUUUGCCAAUGCCAAGUCCAGAGAGGUUGGAUAAGGUAAUAGAGUCUAUGGAUGCAUUAGAUAAAGUUGUUCAGGAAAGAGAAGAUGCUAUAAGACUGCUUCAGACUGGUCAAGAAAAAUCUAGACCUGGUGCUUGGAGAAGAGACAUCUUUGGAAGAAUCAUAUGGCACAAGUUCAAACAGUGGCCUAUACCAUGGUACCUAAAUAAGAGAUAUAAUAGGAAACGAUUUUUUGCGAUGCCCUAUGUGGACCGUUUUGUCAGACUGAAACUUGAGAAACAAAUUCGUAUCAAAACAAGAAAGAAAAGUUUAGAGAAAAAGAAAGAAAAAUUUCUUCAAGAAAAGUUUCCACAUCUUUCUCAAGCUCAGAAGACAAGUCUUGCCUAAAAUGUCUGAAUUAUUCGUUGACUAUUUUUGUUUUGAUUACAUAUUAUUUACAAAAUUAUAUGUUAAAUGGUUUAUCAAGAAAAUGUGUUUUUAGUCAAAUAACGAUCAAUUGUGGUGUUAAUAUGGCAUACUAAUUCUGAAAGUGGUCACUUCUACCAAAGUUUUUUUAAUAAUCAGGUAUAAAGUUCAAAUUUCCAUUUUCUAAUUUCUGACAUAUAAGCUCUACUGUCACCUGUAUCUGAGAGUGGUAAAGUGAUAUCAACUGCUCUACCAAAGGCAAUAAGGUAGUUUUUGGGAUUCAGGUAACAUUUUUACUACUAUAGUUAAUAGAAGGUAAAAGGGGUUUGGACACUAUUGUUAAUAACAUUAAAUACUUUUCACCCAAAUACUGAAAAAUACAUUCAAUACUUAAAGUAGCAAGUGAUUACACACAAUAGUCCAAAAAUGUAUUUCUGGAAUGGCUAGUAAAUUUUAUUUAAUUUUGCAAGCCUAAUGUAAAAAGCAUAGGCAAUAAGUCUUACUAGUUAAUAAAAAGCAAUUCUACCAAUCCACUGGUAAUUAAGAUACUAAACAGAGUUGAAAAGCAUUUUACUGAAAGCAAAAUAUUUAGAGAAAAUAGACAUUUAUACAAAAUUAUAAAAUGCUUGUAAUAAGAAUAAGUGUAUUUCAAGAAAAGCACAAACUUAUUUUAAUUUAUAGAUCCAGUUAAAGCCUUUAAAAAUUUAAGUGGGAAUUGAAAUAUGCAAAAAUGUAUAAACAUUCUACAAAAGAUGGUCAUUCUUUUCCUGAGUAUACUAAAGCUAUGAAACGUAAGGUGACACAAGAAGGUAGAGAUUUGGGAACUCUUUAAGGGCAUUUCCUUUCUACACACUGCUUCCCUCCUUCUUCAUAUUCUUGUUUGGAAAUCCACAUCUGUUGAAAUGUGCCCUGUAAAAUGGAAAGAAAAAGUAUAUAUAUUAUUCUGUCUAUAUUAGAAAAUACUCUUCUAAAUUCUUUAACAACUUAUACAUCUUUGAAGAACUCUUAAAUUCCCCCCAAAUAGUAUUUUAUUACUCCUUUCUUAUUUCUGCCCUCCUCCACAACACCCAAAGACACUAUUUAAUCUUGCCUAAGGUUAGAAAGUAUAAUAAGUCCUUCUACCUAGGUCUGUUACACUCUCAUGGAUUUUUAAAUGGUGAUGAAAAGAAGAUAAUGGGUUUGGCUAUGGUGGCUUUGUGUCAACCUAAGGCAACAAUAGAAAUUGUUGGAAGGUUUGGCCUAGUACAGAACUAUUAAUAAAGAGUUGUUCUAGAACUUGAUUAAUGGUAACGUUUAGAACUUAAAAUGCUCCUCAGAACCAAGACAAAAUCUUGCCAGUAUACACCAAAUAGUACACAAACAUCAUACCACUUAAACAGAAGGGAGGAAAAUGACCAAAAGAAUCUGAGCUACAUUAAUGAAAUCCACUCCCUAUUAACUAUUCAAGUUAACUGGACUCAUACAUGGAAUACAAUUUGAUCUAAGAUGUAUUAGGAGAUUAGAAAUAGAACAUGGAAAAGGAAUGUAUAAAUGGACAGUUUCACUUAAUAGCUUAAGAUACUUCUAUUAAUCAAAUAACGAUCAACUGUGUUAAUAUGGCAUACUAAUUCUGAAACUGGUCACUCUUCUACCAAAGUUUUUUUAAUAAUCUGGUAUAAAGUACUGCUCUUGGCUGCUGAGGUGAAGGGAAAAUGCUUCAAGUCUAGGGUGUACAGGAAAGAAUAAGGCAGCACCAGUCUAAGCAAAAUGCAAAACCCAGAACCAUGACUUCACCAUUUGCCUCAAGAACCAAUUCCUAACUUCCUUUCCUCACCAUGGGGCAACCAGAACCUGAGAAGGAAUAGCUUAAUUGUGCUUACCGCUAAGUCCUAAAAAGUGCCAAUGGGAGAAGAGGCAUGAACAAGUUAACAGAUUUCCCACCUCUGCUUGAGAGGGGAAAUUGAAAUUAGGGUAACAAAUAUCCACUUACAAGGCAAUGAAACAUUUUGCUAUAUUAGAAAAUAUAAGACUGAUUAUUAGGUUCUCCAGUUGACAAUUAUAAAUUACAAAGAUAAAUAAUGUACUUAAUUAUUUUUAGUAUUUUUACUAAAUUCAGUAUUUUCAAUGGUAUAAUUAAAUGACUCAGUAGGAAUCUUUAUUUUGCAAAGUAGUGUAUUUACUAACCAAAGAAGCUAGAAUGGAGCCACCAAUCCAUGAACUGAACCUCCGUUCCACUGUUGUAUUAUUUGCAAUCAAUUUCAACCGCAUACUCUAAAAGAAAGGGAAGAAGGAUUAGUAUGAGGUUCAAUUCUGACUUAAUGACUCUAGUUCAACCACCAAACAUGAUUAUUUUGUAGCAGCCAGUCUACUAGUAGGCACACACUGAACUGUAUAGAAAGAUUUUUUUUUAAAGUACUUUGAUGGCUUUUAAUGUGCAAUGUGUGAUAAAAUAUGUAAACUAAAAAAAUACUUGAGAAAACUGCAAACUACAGAGUAUGGCACUAAUUUAAAUUUAUGUCUCAUAAUAGCAAACCUGUCUUUCACACUUUAAAGCAGGUACUGUGCUAAGUGCUUCAUCUAUUAUUUCAAUGCUUCCAAAUACCAAAUUCAAUUAUCCCAAACUUGCCCCUCUUUCUGUAGUCCUCAAACUUUCUAAUUACCUUUUAGGCCUUCAUACUAUCCUGGCCUCUAUCUUCACUCACCCCACCUCGUCCCAUCCCUCCCAAAUCAAAAGCCAAACAUGAGAUCUCAGGUUGAGCUUUACCCGUAACUGCAUUCUUUCCUAAUUGUGUUUCUGUUUUGAACUCAUACUCUUGUUUCACUGCUUAGUAUUGUCCCUAUCUCACUUUCAGUACCCUCCCUAUCUAGAAUCUGCUUAUGGGAUAGUUCUCAAAUUGUUAAUACUUUCCAAUUAUUAUGUUCAAUUACAUAUGAACACAGUCAGUUUCAUAGUGAAAUAAAUGUGUGUGUGUCAAGAUAGAAUAUGGAGUGGUAUAGAUGGGAGGGGCUGUGGAAGUAGGAGGUAUGGACUUGGAUUUUUGUAGGCAGGGAAGUGGUUGACAUCUGUAACAAUGGAUUUCUCGCCAUUAUUUGAUUUUUUCUGAUCUGUAGUGAGACAUGUUAUGCAUUGUACGACUGGCCCGCACCUUAUUAUUUGAUUGUAAUUGCCUCCUCAAGGACAAGGAUAGUCUCUCACUCACUUGAACACACCAUGUACAUUAUUCUGGGACUUUCUAUGAAAUCUAAUUAUUACUACUAUAAUUAAGUGUGCUCCAGAUCACUGUCUUUAAAAAUGUAGUAAAAUAAGGCAUUCAAACUUGUGCUUAUGUCAACAUUUAAUAAUUAUUAAGCUGGUAUAUAUAAAACAUUUCAUAUGAGAAAUCAAAAGACCAGCAAAUAUACAAAUUGUUUAGGUAUUAUGAGGGCAUACUAAGUUUUUUUGAAAUGUAGUAUUUAGUGUAACUCCUUACAAAAAAUUGAUAGAGUUUUUAAAAUCUAAAGGUUACGACUAUUAAUACUUUCUCUUCAAACCAGGAUCUUCUAUCCUUUCACAAGAUACCAUAAUAUACCAAAUGCAGGAGCUCUUCAGACCUCUGUCUAAUUUUAUCAUGUAAGUUCUCUAUUAAUAAGCUAGAACUAACAAGCAACAUUAAUAAUAUGCAACUAUUAGUAAGCAACAUAACCUGGUACCUAUCUAUUGUGGUGGUAUCCCCAAAAGAGUUAUGUUGCAUUCUAAUCUCUAGUAUUUGUGAAUGGACAUACAGUUUCUGUAGAUUUAAUUAAUGAAGAUUAAAAAGUUAAAAUGAGGGGCCUCCCCAGUGGCGCAGUGGUUGAGUGCUGGGUUGCGAA